CGAGUACCGCCAAGGUAAACAAGGGGAAGGAAUGAUCUCAGAUUCCCAAAACCCUAAAACAAUAAAAGAAAAGUUAGGGUUUGGUAGAUAGGGAGAAGCCCGCCACCCCUUUCUUUCCAUCUCCUUUUUCCUCUCUCUUCCGGUCCGCAACCCUGGGGGGAGGAACUUCGAGAUCGAACUACUGGAGUUGGGGGUCAUGGCCGGAAUGGAGGUCGAUUCACCGCCGGAGCGGAAUUCUCCCCCGUCGCCCCGAGAUCGCAUCGUCCAGAGACUUGUUCGGCAAGGGGUUCCCCUGGAGUGGCUGGAACAGUCUCAGUUGGGACUUGUAACUUUCGUGAAGGAAAACAGAUCCUUUAUUCCAGAGAUCGUGCCUGCCAUCUUACCGACCGAUGUAGAUGUAUCCGAGCCUCGAAGAUCAUUUAAAUCAGAGACUGGAGGAAGCUACAGCAGCAUCAAUGUUAAAGAAUUUGGUGAGAGCAUGUUGUGGUUAAAAUGGCUCAUGUUUGAGGGUGAACCACAGGCAUCUUUGCAGGAUUUGGCUCAGAAAGCUGUUGGCAAACAUGCCGUGGGGGCUGUUUGGGGAGAAAAUGAUUUGGUCUACCACUGUCGAACAUGUGAGCAUGAUCCGACUUGUGCAAUAUGUGUUCCAUGUUUCCAGAAUGGAAAUCACAAAGAUCAUGACUACUCCAUUACGUUCGGUAGCGGAUGCUGUGAUUGUGGAGAUAUUACUGCCUGGAAACGUGAAGGAUUCUGUUCAAAGCAUAAAGGCACAGACCAGAUCCAACCUCUCCCUGAGAAGUUAGCAAAUUCUGUAGGUCCCAUUCUGGAUGCUCUUCUAGGUUGGAAGGACAAGGUUUCAUUAACAGAGCAUCAGAAGCGGCUCAGAAAAGGUGAUCAUAGUGAUGUGCGUUUCAAGGUUGCAAAUAAGUUAACUUAUGCGAUUGUUGAUUUGUUGCUUGACUUUUGCAAAUGUAGUGAAAGUCUUCUCAGUUUCAUCUCAAGAAGAAUGUUUCAGUGUAUUGGUUUAUUAGAUGUUCUUGUGAGGGCAGAGAGGUUCUUGGACAAGGUUGUGAAAAAGCUUCAUGAGUUGCUCUUAAAAUUGCUUGGGGAACCUCUUUUCAAGUAUGAGUUUGCCAAAGCUUUCACGAGAUACUAUCCAGUGUCUGUUAGUGAAAUCAUUAAAAAAAGCAGUGAUUCGAUGCUUGAAAAUUAUCCACUGCUAUCAACUUUCUCUGUGCAAAUAUUCACAGUGCCUAUUCUGACACCACGACUUGUACGUGAAGUGAAUCUGCUGGGUGUACUUCUGGGAUGCUUGAGAGACCUUUUUCUGUCUUGUGUUGGAGAAGAUAAUCGUAUACAGGCAAAUAAAUGGGCAAAUCUGUCUGAAACGACAAUUCUUCUGGUUAAAGAUACAUGGUAUGUUUUGAGCCAUGAGGAGGUUCCCAAAUACAUUGCUCAUGAGAGGCCUGAAAUUUCCAGAACUUGGAUCAAACUUUUAAGUCUUGUACAAGGCAUGGAUGCUCUAAAGAGAGCAACGGGUCUUCACACAGAAGAGGAAAAUGAAAAUCUGCAACCAUUUGUGUUGGGGGACUAUCUUGGCCAUGUCCAUACUCUUUUGGUGCCAGGAACAUUAUCUGUUGUUGAGUCUAAGGAAAUAAAAGAUGUUAUUGGAAUACAAGGUUUGAAUGACAGUGAUAGUCUGCGCAAUAUAAAAGUGGGAGGGCUUUCUCAAGAAUGCUCUACAUGCAGUUUAAGCAGCGGAAACAGCAGAUUGGAUUUUGGAUUGCAAUAUCAUGAUGUAAAUACUGAUAUACGGAAUCACUUGUCUAUUCCAUCUUCUGCCAUAUGGUUGAUUUUUGAAUGCCUAAAAACUCUUGAGGGAUGUUGGGAACCAGAAACUGCUCCAAGGAAUAAUUCCUUUUCUUCUGAUGCUCUUAGUGGCGGUGGUUAUAGUUUCUCGACUUUGAGGAGGAAAUUGUUUAGGAAAAAGAAGAGCACAAAUAGUAGCAAGGUUUACAGGGCAUCUGUGUAUAGGGAGCGUAUUGAUGGAGACCAGGUGCCUACCCCUAGCAAGCAUCAUGAGAGGCAUCGCCAUCCUCUUAUUCAUGGUGUAACUGAUAAUUAUUCAAUGGAUGUUGAUGGCACCACUGACAUGUAUACUGAACAUGCUUCUACGAGUGGAUUGUCAGAUGAUAGUCUACUGGAGGUAGACCCUGGUACAGAAUUGGAAGCAUUGGGUAUGUUGAGUAUGGCUGAUUGGCCUGAUAUAGUUUAUGAUGUCAGUUCACAGGAUAUAUCUUUUCACAUUCCUUUACAUCGUUUGCUUUCGUUGCUGCUGCGAGAAGCAAUGAAAACAUGUUAUGGUGAAACUGAAAAGCUGGAGAAGGCAAUUGUGAUUUCUUCACCACCUUCAUCAGCACAUCACCACGAAUUUUUUGGGCAGGUUUUGGGUAGUUUACAGCCUUAUGGAUUUUCUGCUUUUGUGAUGGAGCAUCCACUAAGGUUAAGGGUAUUUUGUGCUCAAGUGCGUGCAGGCAUGUGGCAUAAAAAUGGUGAUGCUGCCAUAUUAAGUUCUGAGUGGUAUCGUUCUGUCCACUGGCUUGAACAAGGGCAAGAAUCUGAUCUUUUUUUGUUGCAAUGCUGUGCUGCAUUAGCUCCUCCAGAGUUGUUUGUCAGGAGGAUUCAAGAAAGAUUUGGUUUAUCAAAUUACACAUCUCUGAAUCUUGCAGAACAUAAUGAGUAUGAGCCAGUUCUGGUGCAGGAAAUGCUCACUUUCAUCAUACAAAUAGUCAAAGAACGACGUUUUUCUGGACUUUCUCUAGUUGAAAAUUUGAAGAGAGAGUUGGUCUAUAAGCUAGCUACCAGAGAUGCAACUCAUAGCCAGCUGGUAAAAGCUCUUCCUCGCGAUCUUUCAAAGAGUAACCAGCUUCAAAAUGUUGUCGAUAUGCUUGCGGUGUAUUCGAAUCCAUCUGGCAUGAAGCAGGGUAAAUAUUCUCUUUGUAAUUCUUACUGGAAAGAAUUGGAUCUGUAUCAUCCCCGCUGGAAUUAUAGGGAUUUGCAAGUUGCAGAGGAGAGAUAUUUUCAGUUCUGCCAAGUUUCUGCACUUGAUGUUCAGCUUCCUCGAUGGACUGCCGUCUUUGAACCCUUGACUACCAUUUCUAGAAUCGCUACAUCAAAGCAGUUCUUGAAAUUGUCCGUGCGGUUCUUUUAUGCUGUUUCGACAGUGUCUCGUACUCCUGACUCUGUUCUCAUAACAGCAUUGCACUUACUUUCUUUAGCAUUAGAUAUUUGUGAUUCACAGACUCGUGAUAAUCAGUCUUGCAUGAGCUGUUCAGAAGAUUCUUUUCCUAUACUGACUUAUGCUAGUGAAGAGUUUGAUAUGAGUGCCUCUAGUGAGUCCAUGUUCUGGAAGAACCAAAGCUUGCUGUCACUGCUAGUUUCAUUAAUGAGGAAGCAUAAGGAAGAAAGUGACAACAGUUUUUCUAAGACAAGGCAGUGUAACAUUUUUUCUCUGAUUGAGAAUUUAUUGAAGAGGUUUGCUCAGCUGAGUACUGAUUGCAUGGGUGUUCUGAAGCAACUGGCGCCAGAUGUGGUCUAUCGAAUGCUUCAGCAGUUUCCUGAUUCUACCGUUCAGAGUUCCGCACCAUCUUCUGAUGCUGAGGAGCGUAGGGCAAAAGCACGAGAGCAUCAGGCUGCCAUAAUGGCAAAAAUGAGAGCGGAACAAUCAAGAUUUAUCGCCAGCCUUAAGUCCAUGACUAAUGAUGAACCACAUGUUCCGAUAUCCAAGCAAGAAGUAUCAAACCCAGAAGUUGAUCAUGUCCCCGAGGAAUCAGCACCUAUUUGUGCUCUUUGCCAUGAUCCAGAUUCCCAGAGUCCGUUGUGCUUCCUGAUUCUUCUCCAGAAAUCUCGGCUUACAACUUUUGUUGAGAGAGGUCCACCAUCAUGGGAAGAUGGAGGCCAGUCAGAUAAGGAGAUACAAGCAAUUGGAAAAGAAGGGCUUGUUAAUGCAUCUAGUGGUGACUCAAGCAAUCCAGCGCAAUUAGUUCAGGUUGCGGGCCUUGAUUUUUCCGUUGAUAUAGAACCUGCAGAAGGUGAUGCAUUUCUAUACUUUUGUAAAGAACGGCUUCCUGAUAUUAGAAAUCAACUGCCUGCUGUAUCAUGUGAUACUGGCACAGACACAUUGUCUCUGGAGAUGAUAGAGGAUGAAAUCUAUCAGUCUAUUAUAGGGGAUAUACAUAGAUUGAAUCUUGCAAAUUCAUCAUCAAAGCCUACUUCUUCAACUGCCAAAAUCAAUAGAUUUGGUCCGAGCAAUUGUGAUGGGAUUCAUCUUUCUUCUUGUGGGCAUGCUGUGCAUCAGGAGUGUCAUGAUCGAUAUCUGUCAUCCUUGAAACAACGGUAUGCUGUACGUAGGCUUGGUUUUGAGGGAGCACACAUUGCCGACCCAGAUCCAGGAGAGUUACUUUGUCCAGUAUGUCGCAGAUUUGCAAAUUCUAUCCUCCCGGCAUUUCCUUCUACUUCUAAUAAAGCUUGGAGGAAGACAGCAUCAUCAAUCAAUAGUGCGACACAGACUAAUUUAUCGUCAAUAUCAUCAGGUUUGGCUGGUGGCGUUUUACGCCUUCCCGUUGCAUUAUCCAUUCUUGAAAGCACAGCAAAAAUGGUUGGACAAAACAGAUUCCUAAAAGCCUACUCUGGAAAGCCGAGGGAAACCAUAGAACCAGCUCUGGAGCCUGCACUUCAAAAAUUGUUUAUGCUGUAUUUUCCUUGCAGUUAUGGUAGCUUGUCAGCAUCUGGCUGGCUCAGUCAUUCUCUGAUUCUCUGGGACACGCUCAAGUACUCUAUUAUGUCUACAGAAAUUGCUGCUCGUGGGAGACUGAACAUGUAUUCUGCUGGUUCAGACUCUUGCCUUGAAUCUUUAUAUGGUGAACUCCGUUCUUCUAGUGGAUUCAUAUUGUCAUUCCUACUUGAUGUUGCUCAAUCUGCUCGCAGUUCAAAUUGUCUUGAAGUGCUACUGAGGUUCAGAGGCAUUCAACUUCUAUCAGGGUCAAUUUGUUUUGCUGUAUCAGGGGAUAGCAAUUUGUCAAAUGCUGAUGAGCCAAGAGGUAACGCUUUAAAUGUUCUCUUCCGGACCUUUAAUGGUGUCUUGUGAAUAUCAGCCAUGCUAUAAGUUGCAUAUGAAUGGCAUUAGCAUUCAAAGCUGUUGAAAAUUUCUGUUUUAUUAAAACAAAUGGGAAAAGGUAAACAUUGUAUGUGUUUUGGCUGUUGAUGUUUAUUUAGUAGCAGACAACGAACUCAAGUUCCUCUUGCAAGGUUUUUUCUUUCUUU